GGUUGCAUGCAUGGUUCUGAUGCAGAGGCCGGGGAUUAUCCUCCUUUUCCAAGAAAAAAUCAUCACUGAUAUCAAUCCAACAGGCGGCCGUACAAGGAUAAUACUAUGCACUAGAAAAAAUAGCAUGCUAUACCGUCGCUAAUAACAUGUUAUAGUUUGUAGAGAAUUGUCUCGUUAAAUUUAUCGGUGUACAAUGUUUAACUAAUAGUACGCUAGCACGCUAAUAACAUAUUUUCAAGGGCGGCGCUAUUUUGUAUAGCGCAUUAUUUUUUUCCUUAGUUACUAUGACGGCUUACCGCAGCGACAGCAUUGCUUAACAGGUAAGCCAUUCCUCUUAUUUCCUGCGGUGAUUUUCGUUAAUAAAACAAACUUAUCUACAAAGGUAGGCCUUUCUCUUUUAUUGAAGCCCUGACAGUAGAACAUUGUUCUUCUGUGAUUUUCAUUAAUAAAACAAAGUCAUGUGCAAAGCUAUGCCUUUCCUCACAUAGCUUAACCAGUGAAUUUGACUUUGGCUCCCUUCUGCCUUGCUAGCUAAGGUUAUGCAUACAUCCUUGAUAUUUUCCGACAAACUAUCAGCUGCUACAGCACUUUCUUGUCCUGCCGACAAGCAUGCAGCAUCCAGCUGCCUAGCUAACCUCUGUUCAAACUCAACUUGAACUUCUUCUCUCGUUCCUUGGCUCUUACUUCAUUGCAUUAACUAGUAAUACCGGCCUAGAGGUUUCAACAGUGAAAAAAGCAUUACGAGCAAUGUCUCGCUAGAUAAAUUAAUGUAUAGUAUUUCAUUAAUAGCAUGCUAAUGGCGUAUUCUAACGAACACCCUAUUUUGUCAACUUUUUUCAUUGGGUUUCAUGCAGCGUGUAGCUCUGUACAGCCAGCAUGCAUGCAUUAGUCAAAACCAAUUCAAUCUGACUUCUUCUUCCUUGCAUGCAUCUCUCAAUUUCAUUGUUUAACCAUAAUGGCAGGAUUAAUUCUAACAUGGUCUAGUCUUCCAGUAAUCAUAAAGCUCAGUAUCUAAUCGGCAAAUAUCAAGGCCGGCCGUCAUGUGUACAAAGGUGACGCAUGACAUGGCACUGGUAUCAUGGAGUCGCUUUCGUCCUGGAGAUAUUCAUUCUCAUCACUUGGGAUGGGUCAUAACUUGAAUGACUUGAUAGUUCGAGUGAGAACCCAAACAUGUUACCUACACCCCAUCCCAGGAAUAAUGGCUUGAGCAUCGACGUACGUCGAAAUAUCAACAGCCUGGGUGCCUCAUCGCAAGCCAUACAAGUAGUCCAUGCAUAGAAACAACAAUUCUUCAGCUGGUCCGUGGAGAGCUAGGUCAAGAGAAAAACAGAAAUGUCGGCGGUGGAUCCCUUGGUUGUGGCUCGUGUUAUACAUGAUGUGUUGGAUCCGUUUACAUCAACUGUCCUACUCAGCAUAGGCUACAACAACAGGCUACUUCUGCGAGGUGCUGAGCUGAGACCAUCUGCAGUCGUAAGCAAGCCGCGAGUCGAUGUCGGUGGCAAUGACAUGAGAGUUCUCUACACCCUGAUGCUGGUGGAUCCAGACGCCCCAAGCCCAAGUCACCCAACACUGAGGGAGUACUUGCACUGGAUGGUGGCAGACAUCCCUGGAACAACUGGUGUCAGCUUUGGCCAAGAGCUUGUGGUUUAUGAAAGACCGGAGCCAAGAUCCGGCAUCCACCGGAUGGUAUUUGUGCUGUUCCAGCAACUAGGUAGGGGGACGGUUUUUGCGCCGGACAUGCGGCACAACUUCAGCUGCAGGAGCCUCGCACGCCAGUACCACCUCAGCAUUGUGGCCGCGACAUAUUUCAACUGUCAAAUCGAAGGUGGAUGGGGCGGGAGAAGGUUUAGGCCAGAAAGUUCUCAAGGGGAGUAG